ACAACAUGAAGGAGAAGAAGAAGAAGAAGAGUUCCCUGUGAAGAAGAAGAAGAGUUCCCUGUGAAUCCCACCUCGGGACAGACCCGGGACAUGUCCACACCGGUACCGGGGACCCGCUCGGAGCCGUGAAGAUGAGCUCGAACCGCAGGUCACGCGCCUUGUCCGUGAAUUUACGGCUAUGAAUUUCUCCGAGCAUGGCGAAGUUUCAGAUGAGGCAAUGCCAGAGAAAGAACACAAGCAUGUCCAGGACAUUAAAGAGGAGGCGGAGGACUGUGCUGUGUGCGAGCUUCCUGAAGGACGUGGAGCAGGAUGUCAUGCGACCUCUGAGGCUGGUAAGCGGACAUCUGCAGAGAUGGGUCCUGAAACAGACCUGUCUUCCAGCAGCAAGAGAGCCAGAGUCUCUGCACAGAUGAGGAGGCACUUGAUUGAUGUGAGCAGCAGACAUGAGCCUCUUUGCCUCACCACAACUGGAGAGAACAGGGAGUGCGUCCAGGAGAAGUCCAGGGCGUCCUACAGGAAGCCUCUCUUCAGCAUCUCCCACAGGAUCUCAGAGAAGAGGAAUACACCGAGUCUGGAGCAGCAAACCGGUCCUGAUGCUGGAAACCCGCUCAACUACAUCAGCGUCCUCUCGUCUAAGCUCCAAAGUCCAGAGGAAAAAGACAAAUUGGAGACCCUCCCCACCACAGACAGCUUAGGCCAAGCUUCAACAACAAACUCCAGCCUUUAUCCACUGAUUGAGAAAAUGUUUUUUAUUCUCAAUACCCUCAAUUCGAGCAUGACACAACUUCACAGCAAAGUGGACUUGUUGACCCUCGAAGUCAUGCGCAUAAAAAGGCAGAUCAAACCUGCCGAGAUGGUGACGGAGUUCCAGCCUCCUCCGGAAUAUCUACUAACAAGUGACGAAUUGAAUCAGCUGAUGGAGCAGACCUCCGGUGCGGGGGAGCUCGGGUGUCGGCUGCUGGUGCAUCUCUUCCCAGAGCUGUUCAAAGUAAGGGAGUGCUCUCAUGAAUGCAUGGCGAGCAAGAGAAUGCUGGAGUCUCUGCAUCUGCAGCUGAUCCGUAACUACGUGGAAGUAUGCUACCCGUCAAUCAAGAACAACAGUGUCUGGCAGGAAGAAUGUCUCCUCCCGAUUAAUGACUUCUUUAAUCGCUUUUGGGCGCAGAGGGACAUGGAGAGCGCUCAGCUGCUCAGGAAGCAGACACUCACAGGUGCUGGGAUCAAAGCUGAGCAGCCUCAAACCUACCAUUUCAUCAAUGAGCAGGGUCAGGAGGAACAUGUCCCUCGAGAUAACCAGCAGAGCAGCCUGGCUGAGUCAGACCUUGCUUUCAACACACAAGCCACGGAGGACAUCGAUGACUUCUCGUCCCAUGAGGACUUAAUUUUUUUUCUCAUGCACCGUCUUUUCCCUGAGGUGUUUGAAGGAGGAAAAAUGCCUGAAGGCUCCAGCAGCUUCAGUAGAGUGGGGCAGCUCAUUCUAGACUCUGACAAGAUGGAAAUUAUAAGAAAGUAUAUGGAGGCAAAUUUUCCGGAUGUGCCUGAGGACAGCUGGCUCCAGGUCUGCAUUCAGCAUAUGGAGGAUGCUCUGGAGGGUCCUCACAGUAAUGGUCAUGGGAGUGAACCUGACAAUAUCAACGACGAGGGCUAUGAUGGAGUCAGCCUUUCAGAAAAUGUUUCUAUUAUUAAUGUUCCAGAAGCGGCUGAUUAUGAAAGGCCCAAUCGCAAAUCCAAAAAGUCUCUGCUCUCUCAUGUGGAUUUUGACAAUCUGGAGAUUCCUGUACCUGACUUCCCUGUCCCCCAGGGGUUCCUCUUGUCCCUGGAGCAGCUGAAAUUCAACUAUGAAUGUAGCUUGUCCAUUGGGAACUUUGCCUCUCGGCUGCUGGUGCUUAUGUUCCCUGAGCUCUUCACCCACGAGAACGUAAGGAAGCAGUACAACUGCAGUGGUUCUCUUGGGAAGAAGCAGCUCGACCCUGUUCGUGUAAACCUGAUUCGUCACUAUGUGCAGUUAGUCUACCCCCGGGCCAACAACGACAGAGUGUGGAUGUUAGAAUUUGUGGGGAAACUUGAUGAGAGGUGCAGGAGACGUGACACAGAGCAGAGGAGAUCCUACCUGCAGCAGCGCAAAGUGUAUGGGCAAGAGUCUGAGCAGGACUUCCUCUGCCAGCUGAACCAGCUCAACCCAGAUAUUAGAGAGGAUUCAGAUAUUCCCUCUUUACCUCCUGAGAAAAGCAGCAAGGAUUUUUGCAAAAUUCCUCUGGAUGAACUGAAUGUAUCCAAACCUGACUUCCCCGUACCGUCAGCCUACCUGCUCUCAGAUACCGAGGUUCGGGAAAUCGUCCAGCAGAGUCUCUCUGUCGGGAACUUCGCUGCCCGUCUGCUCGUGCGCCUCUUCCCUGAACUCUUUACACAGGAGAACCUGCGGUUGCAGUACAACCAUUCAGGGGCCUGCAACAAGAAGCAGCUGGACCCUGUGCGCCUCAGACUGAUCCGUCACUAUGUGGAGGCAGUGUAUCCUGUGGAUAAGAUGGAGGAGGUGUGGCACUAUGAAUGUGUGCCCAGCAUUGACGAACGCUGCCGGCGCCCUAAUCGCAAAAAGUGUGACAUUCUCAAGAAGGCCAAGAGGUCAACCAUUGUGUCCUAGUUACAGUACUCUCCAGUUAGGCAACACUUUUUGUCAUGCAAAAUAAUUGCACAUUAUAUAAGCUGAAACCGCAUUGUUGAACUUUUACAUAACUGUCCUAUGUAGGAUGAAGCCAAGCUGGUAUGAGUUUCUUCAGUACUACUCUGUCAUAUUUUAUAUUUGGACUACAGCAAUAUAUGUUGUAGUGUAUGCAGUCUUAUUAAUGUUGGCUCAAGACUUAAAACUGCUUCUAUUUAUAAGCCAAAACUGUCAUAGCUUAUCUAACAUUCUUUGUUGAUAAAUGUUGUAGCCUUAACAACAAUAACAAUUAUAGUAGCUGAUAGCAUCAAUCACACAUUUGCUCUAUGGAUAGCAAUGAUUCACAACUAUGUGAUGUAGAGACAGGUGACAAACUAAAGGAAAAACCUGAGUAAAUGAGAAUAUAUAUAUAUAUGUAUAUAUCUCGAGAGGGGCUGUAUGUGAGAGUUAAUAUUGAGGUCAGAGGCUCCAAACAUUCCCCAGUUUCUCCUGCCAGAACCUGAGUUACUCUGGAGGAUGCCUGAAUCAGCCGAUGCUGAGUGGGUGUGUUGAGGACGUUUCUAAAAUGAAAGAAAACAAUUAUCUCAGGGUGAAAAGGCGAUGCCACACACAUAGAGGACACUGACAAAGAUGUCCAGGGGCCUCAUUUAUAAUCAUUGUGUACGCACACAAAACAGGGCCUGAAACUUGCGUACACCACUUCUCACGCAAACCUUGGGAUUUAUAAAAACAAACUUGAACAAACUUGGAGACGGUAAAAUGACGAUGAAUAUGUGGGGUGGUGAUGUGAAGCAGAUUAUUGAUCCACUUCAUCACUACCAUUAAAACCAACAGCUUUGGUCGUGCUCGCGCGACUAAACUGAUCCAUAAGAACCUUCAAUUGAAAAAGAUAUAAAACAACUUUUACUUUUACGUUCAGAUACCAUCAAACAGCUUAGUCGUUAAUAGUUUUUAAUAAUAUCUUUGACACUGCAUGUAUCAUCAAGGACAAGGGUUCGUAAAAUCGUAGCAGUGAACGUGACUGUUCCAUCAGGCGCACAGAGCUCACUGGAGAUCACUCUUAAAAAAUAUAGAAAAACUGUUCACUUUCAAACUUCUAUUUCCAAAUAAGAUCCCAGAGAGGUUAGGUUCACACUGAUUCGUGAGGUAAUCGGUCCGAUUGCUCUAAAUAUGUAAAUACUGCAGUAAUGCUACAUGAUGGAUGCUCGAGAGUGAGGAAAUGAGUGUUCAGUGAUCACAAAGAGUUCUUGUCCCAUGAUGACUGAUCAGCUGAUAUAUAUUCCAUAGAUCUGUGAUCUUGGAUCUUUGUCCUGAACUGAUUCCAGUAUUACACAGAUCGACCGAUGGAACCGAUCCAUCCCAGUACCAAAAAAGUAUAUAAUAAUUAUUAUUUUAACUUGUAUAGAUUGUGGACAUCUAUACUAACUGUCUCUACAUUUGAUAACAAAGAUUAAAACUCGGACAGGUGAUACAAGCAUCCUCACAUUCUGACAGCUUGGAACGCUCCAAUUGGAUCUUUUUUUAAUUCCAGGCUCCGUUCUAUCGUCUUUGCUCUAACUCACUGUUUUAUCAGCAGCAGCAACAGUGUAUUUUCAUUAUUAAUCGCUCUCCACCUCACCACCAAACACCUCAAUGUCAGGGUCAGAAAGUUUAGCUUCCCCUUCUCAUCCCUUGAUGCCAUGACUCUGUCAUGAUUCACUGUGAAAACCCAUUGGUCAGCAGGAUCAUUUAAUAUUCAUUAGUUGCUUUGCAUUGAACAUUUAUGGUUGAAAGUGGGCGUGUAGAGGGCGAACUGUGAUUUCUGAAGUGAACAUUGCGUUCAGGUGUGUACGCAGUUUUAUAAAUCUGAAAAAAAAAUCGGCUUUUGUGCACACGUACACUUUCAGUAUGAAUCCUACUCGCUGUUUUACAAAUGAGGCCCCUGAGCUUUUGCUGAGAAUGAUGCAGGUGUCCAUGUGCUGUAAACAAAAUUGCGUCCUGCCUCUGCAGGCUGCGCCACACCUCACCUGAGCACUGGAGAUUUCUUUGUUGUUGUGAAUCUCAAACACCAGACCCAGUCCUGCGGACAUACACUGGAGUUCAAGUCUGAAAACCUCUAUUAUGGCCUUUACCGUUGUUAGAUCUCAGUAUAUCUCCAAUAGAUGAAAACCUACAGGACAUUUCUGACAGAUGUGACAUCUCUCCUCUCUCCUUCGUCAUCAUCAUCAAAAUACCAGUAUACCUUAGAAGAACAGGGUCUCAUCCCUCUAGUCGAGUUCAGACACUUGUGGAUUGAAUGCAAAGCUCCACUGAAGCUGUUGACACAUGUUGGCCCAACUCUUAACUCACCUUGUAUCGUUUUUUCCUGUAAUUUGUCACCUGUCUGUAUUUCCGUUACAGUUACUGAUGUAGCAUUGUGCCACCACUGUUUUAAUAACAACGUGCUUAUGUUAAGCCUUCUUAUAGAAGUUUAUACUAUAAAGACAAUUUAACAUGACAAUGGAUCAUGAUAACCUUUCUAAUAAAAUCCUAGUUAUAAAUAUGACAUUAUCAGACUGUUUUACAUAAUAACACUGAACUGUUGAGGUACGUAGUCGUGCAUACAUUUCUUCAGCAGGGAGCGGGAGUUGUGCCUGUCCUGAAUCCUGACCAAUUUCCCAAUUUUGAUGUGCCAAUA